AUGGCUUCAAUAGUCGAUGAGCAGCCAAAAUGGUCUGCACCCCAUGUGCGGAACACAUUCCUGGAGUUUUUCAAGAAGAGGGGACAUACAUUCGUUCCCUCUUCGUCGGUUGUCCCUCUAUCGGAUCCAACACUCCUCUUCACCAAUGCGGGAAUGAACCAGUACAAGUCAAUAUUCCUUGGCACAGUCGAUCCGCAAUCCGAUUUCGCCCAAUUGAAAAGCGCGGUCAACUCGCAGAAGUGCAUUCGUGCGGGUGGCAAGCACAAUGAUCUCGACGAUGUUGGGAAAGACAGCUACCAUCAUACGUUCUUCGAGAUGAUGGGCAAUUGGAGUUUCGGGGACUACUUCAAGAAGGAAACUAUCCAAUACUCCUGGGAGCUCCUGACCAAGGAAUUCGGUCUGGAUCCCGACCGAAUAUACGUGACCUACUUCGAGGGAGACCCUGAAAGUGGCCUCGAACCGGACCUGGAGGCUCGAGACCUGUGGAAAGCCGUUGGCGUUUCCGACGACCAUAUCCUCCCCGGAGACAUGAAGGACAACUUCUGGGAGAUGGGCGACCAAGGCCCUUGCGGGCCCUGCAGUGAGCUACACUACGACCGACUAGGCGGUCGAAACGCUGCCCAUCUCGUCAACCAGGAUGACCCGAACGUGCUCGAGAUCUGGAACAACGUGUUCAUUCAGUACAAUCGUGAGGCAGAUAAGUCCCUGCGACCGCUACCAAAUAAGCAUAUCGACACGGGCUUGGGUUUCGAGCGCCUGGUAUCCAUAUUGCAGAACAAAAUGUCAAAUUACGACACCGACGUUUUCACCCCGAUCUUCAAGGCCAUCCAAGAGGUUACCGGGGCGAGGGAAUACCGUGGCAAGUUUGCGGAGGAGGAUCCAGACGGAAUUGACACCGCAUACCGAGUCGUCGCUGACCAUCUGCGGCUGCUUACCUUCGCCAUUUCCGAUGGUGGCGUUCCGAACAACGUCGGCCGUGGCUAUGUGGUUCGACGCGUCCUUCGCCGCGGAGCUCGAUACGCUCGCAAGUACUUCGACGUCGAGAUCGGCAGCUUCUUCUCCAAGCUCGUCCCUAAGCUCGUGGAGCAAAUGGGAGACAUGUUCCCGGAGAUCCGGAAGAAGCAGCAGGAGGUCAUGGAGAUCCUGGACGAGGAGGAGGAAUCGUUCUCACGGAGCUUGGAUCGCGGCGAGCACAUGUUCGAGAAAUACGCGCAAGAUUGCAAGCUGAGGGACACCAAGAACCUUCCCGGUACGGACGUGUGGCGCUUGUACGAUACGUACGGGUUCCCGGUGGACCUAACGAGGAUCAUGGCCGAGGAGCGGGGCUUGAUCAUCAAUGACAAAGAGGUCGAAGAAGCCCAGGCCAAAGCCAAGGAGGCAAGCAAGAGCGAGAAGAAGGCGGCGGUCGGUCUGGUGAAGCUCGAUGUGCACGAUCUCGGGGCGCUAGAAAUGAUGAACGACGUUCCCAAGACCGAUGACUCUGCCAAAUUCGCCAAAGGCAACAUCACCUCGGAAAUCAAGGCACUCUACCACUCGAAGCUAUUCGUGAAAUCCACUGGCGAAAUUCCCGAAGGCGAUCAAUUCGGAAUUUUGCUGGACCGGACGAACUUCUAUGCGGAGCAAGGUGGACAGGAGUAUGACACCGGAAGCAUUAUCAUCGACGGCGUGGCCGAGAUGGAGGUGCAGAAUGUCCAGGUGUACGCCGGCUACGUCCUCCACACGGGCUACCUGAAAUAUGGUACCCUCUCCGUCGGCGACGCGGUCAUCUCCAUGUACAACGAAGAACGUCGUCACCCAAUCAAGAACAACCACACUGGCACCCACAUCCUCAACUUCGCCCUGCGCGAGACCCUUGGCGGCGAGAUCGACCAGAAGGGCUCGCUGGUGGCGCCGGAGAAACUCCGCUUCGACUUCUCAUACAAGUCCGCCGUGACCGACCAGCAGCUCCGCGCGAUCGAGGACCUCUGCACGAAGUACAUCCGCGCCAACAACCCCGUGUACUCCAAAGACGUACCCCUCGCCACCGCCCGCGAGAUCAACGGCGUCCGCGCCGUGUUCGGCGAGACGUAUCCCGAUCCGGUGCGCGUGGUUAGCGUGGGCGUGUCGGUGGAGGAGCUGCUCCGGGACGUCAAGAACGAGAAAUGGCACGAGGUCAGCGUCGAGUUCUGCGGCGGCACGCACGUCGACAAGACCGGCGAUAUCAAGGAGCUGAUCAUCCUCGAGGAGAGCGGCAUCGCCAAGGGGAUCCGCCGCAUCGUGGCAGUGACGGGCCAGGAUGCGAUCACCGUGCAAGAAGACGCGAAGGCGUUUGACGAGCGCCUCGCGCGCCUCGAGCGCACAUCGUACAGCGCGGAGAAAGACGCCGAGAUGAAGAAAGUACAGUUCGACCUCGGCGCGCUCGCGGUGAGCCUCCUGACCAAGCGAACCUUCGCCAAGCGCAUCGAAACAUUAGUCAAAGACGCGAACAAGGAGAAGACGAAGCUGGAGAAGGAACUGAGCACGAAGGUGCUCGAGGUGGUUAAGGCGCAGCUCGCGAAGGACACGAGCCCCUUCGCGGUGGUGAAGAUCCCGUACAAGACCACGGCGAAGACGAUCAGCGAGGCACUAAAGUUCCUGCAAAAUAAGGAGAAGGGCCGUAUGGUGUAUCUCAUCGGUGCGGAUAGCGGGGAGGGGAGAGUCGCGCAUGGGUCCUAUGUGCCCGAGGCUUUCAGCUCCAAGGGCGCAUCCGCGAGCGAGUGGUCGAAUGCCGUUACGGCGGCGGUGGGAGGGAAGGCGGGCGGGAAAGGGGCUACGGCGUUUGGGCAGGGGACCAACGUUGACAAGAUCGACGACGGCGUCGAGCUCGCCACCAAGUAUUUGGAGAAGUUCAAGAUCUGA